AUGGGAAUGAAGACAAUGAAGAAUGCAUUUUAUACAGGCCUGUCGAUAUGCUUUAUUUUAAUCUUGGUCAAAGAAAAAGAAUAUAUUUUGAAGCUAAAAGAAGAGAGCUACUAUGAUCGAGCGGAACGAAAGCAGGAGAUAAACUAUGAAACAGAGAAGGGUUUUACGACGGCGAAGAGUCCAGCUGUAGAGAAUGCCGAAGAAAAUGAGAUUCAAAUGAAGUGGACGCCAAGUACCGAGGAGUGCAGACCAGUAGACAAUUUUGUAUUUCUGAAAAAGCACAAAGUCGCCAGCACCACUUUCAAAGCUAUUUUUCGUAAAUUUGCCAAGUACCGAGAGAUUCCUCUUGAGCAAACUUUAAUUGGGCCACAAGGUGGAUGUUAUCCGGCGCGCAUAAACGAGGACUGCUGGCCCAGACGUCAUUAUCAUCCGGCAAAUGGGUUGACUUAUCACUUUCGUUGGAACAUAGAACAAGCUCACAAGAUCUUUGAUUUGAAAAACACAGCGAUUUUUACGACAAUCAGGAACCCGAUGACUUGCUUUGAAUCCGUCUACAAUUACUUUUACUUCAAGCGAUCGAGAAAAUUGGAUUAUUCGUGCGAUUCGCCUUGCUGGAACCGCCCGUUUUACCAAUUCAACGGAGAUAGAUUGGGAAUCUCCACCGGCGAAUUCUUGGAUUCCCUUCCGGAAAAUUUCGACCCGACAGUUUCCAGAAAUUUUCGAGCAAAGAACUUUCAAUCGUUCGAACUUGGGCUAGACCAUUUGAAUGACGACCCUGCUUAUAUAAAAUCGCAAAUGGAGCUGCUGGAGACACAAUUUGAUCUUGUCAUUAUUCUAGAGCACUACAUGGAAUCGAUCGUCCUUCUCAAACAUCGCCUCUGCGUUCCUUACGAAAUUUUGUACAUCAAGGCGAAAAACACGGCGAGUUAUACGCCACAGCCGCUGAACGAAAGACAACAAGCCACCUUCAACGAGUUUUUCAAGCAAGAUCUCGAAAUGUACAAAUUCUUCAACGAGACUCUUCACAAGAAAAUCGACGCGUUUGGACGGGAUCGAAUGCGCGAGGAGAUCAUAAUUGCAAAGAGAAUAUUUGAACAGUGUGCGAAGCUCUCUGACGAGCAUAAAAAUGCAUGCAAAAUUAAAAGACCUGAAAGUGAACCACCGGCAAAUAUAACUAGCGAAAUCGUCCAAUACCCGUCCCUUGACCCGAAGAUCUACCUCAAAUACAUGGACGAAAACUUUGGACACUGCUCUAAUCCGUCUAGUUCUUAUGGAAAAAUCAAAUCUAUUCACGAAACGGGAGUUUUCCACAGUACAUGUCGAUCUAUUGACCAACCUCUGCGAUCAAACUUUGGUGAUUACAUUAAAAGUACUGUAGAGUUGGGAGACAAAGUCGAUAACUAUACGAAUAUAAUAAAUUCUUAG